AUGGUCCGGCUGGCGGCGGUGCUUGGCCUUGGCCUUGGCGUCUUGGCCACUUGGCAGAUGGGACGAGCUUGGGAACGAAGUCCUUGGUCCCUCCGCUUCGGGUCGUACCGUGAGCGUCCUACGCAGAGAGACCGAAGCCGGUCGCGCGACCACGUGGACGAGACCGAAGGGCCGGAAGUGGAUGCGAGCAGCACGAGCUUAGCUGUUGCAGAGACAUUCUCCUCCAUAGCAGAAGCCAAAGCAGAAAGCCAAAGCAGAAGUACUUCGACAGAAGGCACAAGCUCCGCUUUUGCUUCGACAGGCAGCACAAGCUCCACUUUUGCUUCGACAGGCACAACUUCAGUUGAACCGAUAGACAGCAGAAGCUCCGCGGUCACUUCGACAGGCAGCACGAGCUCCAUUUUUGCUUCGACAGGCAGCACAAGCUCCUCCACAAGUACUUCGACUGACAGCACCACUGUUACACGUACUCCAGGUUCAACGACGCUUCUUCCAUUCACCUCAACCACUUCCGUGGCUGCUCCAUCCACUCAACCCUUCCCCUCAGUCACCGGACAACUUCACUCCCCGCUGGCGGCGGUGAAGAGGGCCGAAGGAGCCCGGCCGAACAUCGUUUGGAUCAUGGCGGACGACUUGGGCUGGGGUGAAGUGGGCUUGUAUCCUUCCAAGUCCAAGCACGGGCGCAUCCGAACGCCGCACUUGGACCGUUUUGGUCGAGAGGGCAUGAUCUUCCGGCAAGCCUAUUCGGGAUAUUGUGUCUGCGCACCGAGCCGUAUGGCAUUUUUUACUGGCAGGCAUAGUGGUCGCUUUAGCAGCAUGCGAGUGGAGGGGACCUUCUUGAGACCUUUUCAGAAUAUCCGGAUCUUUCCCCAGGUCCUUCAAUCGGCUGGGUAUGUGACGGGACUCUUUGGAAAGGCCUCGCCCUUGAAAUUGCCCUUGCGACAGGGCUUCAACCGAUUCGUUGGGCAACUGCACCAGGGACUCUGCCACAAUAUGUAUCCCAAGUACAUCGACGAGGCUGAAGGGGAAUUGAACUUUCCACUGUCUGGGAAUGUUCAGGAGAAAUCCCGUGAACUUUGUAUGGCCAAUCCUGAGAGCUACAACUACACCAUUGAUGUGUUUCAUACUGCUGCACUUGCUUGGCUAGAAGAAGUCUCGAAAGGUCCGGCGCCGUUCUUCUUGUACAUGAGCUACACCAUUCCACAUGCCGGCGGCUGGGCUGAUUCUCCUCUCAUGCCCGAGACGGGGCAACCGGUGCCGGUUGACAUGGGUUAUGGGAGCAAUGGGAGCGCCUGGCCGGAGGUGGAGCGCGAUCAUGCCGCGGUGAUUAGCUACAUGGAUUUGAAAGUUGGCGAGUUGAUGAAGCAGCUGAAGGACUUGGGCAUUGAUGAUCAGACCAUUUGUUUCUUCGCCUCAGAUAACGGUGCCCACUCCGAGGGAGGCCAUGCGAUCGCCUUCUUCGACUCCACCGGCGGCUUGCCCGGCCACAAGGGCGGCAUGUACGAGGCCUCGGUGCGCAGUCCCAGCAUGGUGCGUUGGCCCACGUGGAUCGCGGAGAACCAGACGUCGGAGCUGCCCUGGGCCUUCUGGGACGUCUUUCCCACCGUGGCGCAGUUGGCAGGUGUGAAAGUGGAGACGCCCAUCGAUGGCAUCAGCAUUUUGCCGGAACUACUCCGAUCGAACGACGCUGCGAAGGAAGCAGUGGACAUGGAAACGGCGCCGCCACUGGAGCGGUAUUUUUACUUUACAUGGCGGGGUGAUGGCGGUCGUUUCAAGCCCAUCAAGGAUCCCUUCAUCAAGCGCAACGGUCCGGGCUACACGAUCCGUUGGGGAAAUUGGAAGGGCAUGGUGCCACAUUGCUGGGAUCAAGAUCUCUUUAAGCCAACACGAAGGGACCGCAUGCGGCUUUUUGAUUUGAAGGCGGAUCCGUUGGAAACCACCGAUGUGGCCAAGACGAAGCCCGAGAUCGUUGAACUCUUGAUGAAUCUGGCUGCGCGAAAGGCGGAGUCGCACGAGCAGCUGGUGAAAGCCAUGGGGAUCCGUCAGACCUGGCGAGAGGCGCAGGUGAUAAAGAUGGACACGAACGUCAAGCUCCAAAAGAAGGAGAAUCGGGCGUUGAUCAACAAGUUGAAGAAGGCGUUCAAGAAGGUGGAGGAGCACAAGGCCGAGGAGCUGGAGAAGUGGCAAAUCGUCAAGGAGGAGCACGAGGAGAAGAUCCGGCAGGUGCAGGAGCGCCGCGAUUGGGCCCUGCAGGUCUUUCAAGAGGAGCUGGUCCAGGACUAUCUCGAUAAGGAGCAGCGCACGCAGGAGCGGCUGGCGGAAAUGAGAGAGAAAGCUCGCGAGAAGGCAUUGAAAGGUGAAGAAGAAUACUUGGAGAAAUUGGAGAAGUCCUUGCGCCAGAUCGAGGCCAAGCAGAAGGAGAAGGAGGAGGAUUUCCUGGAGUCUCUCGAGCGUCAGGCGGCUGCCCGAGUGACUGUGGGGCAACAGCACGAGGAGAUCAAGCAGGAGGCGAAGAAGCACUGGACCGAGAAGGUGGUGCCCAAAUUGGAGAAGAAGCGGGAAGAGGAGGAGCGGCUGAGACGCAAGGUGCCACGCCGGCCGAAGGCCAAUAGCAGUGAUGCCAUGUCGCCGAAGAAGCUGAAAUUCCUCCAAGAGGAAGCGCAACGGCGACUGGAGCAGCGGCAGAGCAUGGACGAGCUGGUCUAUCGGAACUUGCAACGGCUGCAACGUAGCCAUGAUUUCAAGACCGAUCAGCUUCUUUCCAGGAUCGAGGAGACGAACGCCCGCAGUCAGGAGAUCAAGGACCGUCGGCAGAAUCGACACUUGGAGCGCGAGGCUGUGAUGAAGGAGUCGUUGAUUGAAAAGGCUCGCGUGCACGAGGAGCUCCGCACGAUGAAGGCCCGAAGACCGGACGAUGGCCCGGAUCGAGGGAAAUCCUUGCAACUCGUGGCGUGCGCCGAACGGGACUUGGAAGAGCUCCUACAAGCUGGCGUGACUAUACCGGACAUGCGGCGCCCAACUCCCAAGAACAUGGCUGAGCUGGGUGAGAAAGCGCAGGAGAUCCUUUCUGGAUCUUCGGCUGGCACGAUGGUAGAUCGAGUGGCGGCUUUGGCUGUUGCAAUAGCGGCCAAGCAGAAAGCGGAAGUUAGGGAAGGUGGCUCGCCCGCUCCUUCGGGGCGUGGUGAUACGAGCGACAACAGAGGCAGGCUGCAGCCCUAUCACCAGUGGAUCUGGAAGUAG